CACGACAAGCACAGAUUCAGACCCAUCGAUGAAGCUGCACAGGAGCGCAAAGAGAAGCUGCAGAAAUCUCUGAAACCCUUUCAGGAGAAACUGAAGCUGUUUGAGCGAGUGAAAGAAAACUGCGAUCAAACAGCAGAACACAUGAAGGUCCAGGCCCAGCAGACAGAGAGGAGGAUUAGGGAGCAGUUUAAGAAGCUUCACCAGUUUCUACAAGAGGAAGAGGAGGCCAGGAUCUCCGCUCUGAGGGAGGAGGAGGAGCAGAAGAGUCAGAUGAUGAAGGAGAAGAUUGAGGCUCUGAUUAAAGAGAUGUCAGCUCUCUCAGACACAAUCAGAGCCACAGAGGACGAGCUGAGAGCCGAAGACGUCUCAUUCCUGCACAACUACAAGGCUGCAGUGGACAGAGUCCAGCAGCGUCCCCUGCUGGAGGAUCCACAGCUGCUCUCAGGAGCUCUAAUAGACGAGGCCAAACACCUGGGCAACCUCACCUUCAACAUCUGGCACAAGAUGAAGGACAUGGUCUCUUACAGUCCUGUGGUUCUGGAUCCAAACACUGCCCAUCCAAAAUAUAUCCUGUCAGAAGAUUUAACCAGCGUGAGAUUUGGAGAGAAGCAGAAGCGUCCUGACAAUCCAGAGAGGUUUGAUUACCACAUCCCUGUCCUGGGCUCAGAGGGCUUUAACUCUGGGACUCACAGCUGGGACUUUGAGGUUAAAAAUGACAGUGCAUGGUCCCUGGGUGUGAUAAAGGAGUCUGUCGGGAGAAAGGGAAAAACACAAACUGGAUUCUGGGAAAUGUAUUUUCUUGAUGGAAAAUACUUUGUAGCUUCCCCACUGCUGCCGGAUAAAGUUCUCACAGUGAGGAAGCAGCUCCAGAGGAUCAGAGCUCAUCUGGACUUUGACAAUGGAAAACUGUCGUUCUAUGAUCUUGAUACUAACACACACAUACACACUUUCACACACACUUUCAGAGACAAGCUUUUUCCAUACAUUGUCAGCUGGAGUAAACUCCCAGUAAAAAUACUACCUGGGACAGUCACUGUACAAGUGGGACAGCACGCACUCCCUUCAU